AUGGCCACCAGGCCGGGCCCUUUGACUGAAUGGCCAUGGCAAAGGCUUGGCAACUUCAAGUACUUGGUGAUGGGUCCCGUGGUGGUCCACGGCGCGCGGCGGGUGCUCGCGCGGGGCUGGGGCGACAUCGACCUGGCCUUCGCGCUCAUCCUGCCGUCGCUGCUGCUGCGGAUGGUGCACAACCAGAUCUGGAUCAGUGCCGCCCGCUACCAGACGGCGCGCAGCAAGCACCGCAUCGUCGACCGCGGCAUCGAGUUCGACCAGGUUGACAGGGAGCGAGGCUGGGACGACCAGAUCAUCCUCAACGGGCUGCUCUUCUACGUGGGCUACCUGACGAUCCCGAGCGUGAGGCACUUGCCGGCGUGGAGGACGGACGGCGCCGCCGUGAUGGCGCUGCUCCACGCCGGGCCCGUGGAGUUCCUCUACUACUGGUUCCACCGGGCGCUGCACCACCACUUCCUCUACUCGCGGUACCACUCGCACCACCACUCCUCCAUCGUCACCGAGCCCAUCACCUCGGUGAUCCAUCCCUUUGCUGAACACAUGGUCUACUACUUCCUGUUUGCGAUCCCCAUGCUGUCGACUAUUUACAUUGGGAAUGCCUCUGUUCUUGGCUUUGUGCUCUACAUCGCCUAUAUCGACUUCAUGAACAACAUGGGGCACUGCAAUUUCGAGCUGGUGCCCAAGUGGGUGUUCCAGGUCUUCCCUCCUCUCAAGUACCUCAUGUACACGCCAUCGUUUCAUUCUCUGCACCACACGCAGUUCCGCACAAACUACUCGCUGUUCAUGCCAUUCUACGACUACAUAUACAACACCAUGGACAAGUCAUCUGACCAGCUGUAUGAGAGCUCACUCAAGGGAACAGAGGAAACACCUGACCUUGUUCACCUCACGCACAUGACUGACCUGCAGUCGGCCUAUCAUCUACGGAUUGGAUUCGCCUCCAUAGCGUCCAGACCGUCUGACAGCUCCAUGUGGUAUAUGUGGGUGCUGUGGCCUGUUGCGUGGCUGUCAAUGGUGCUUGCCUGGGUUUAUGGGUCCUCUACGUUUGUGGUUGAGAGAAUCAAACUAAGGAAGCUGAAGAUGCAGACAUGGGCAGUACCACGAUACAACUUCCAAUAUGGCCUGAGCUGGGAGAGAGAAUCGAUCAACGACUUAAUUGAAAAGGCGAUAUUAGAUGCUGAUGCAAGAGGUGUUAAAGUGCUCAGUCUAGGACUGUUAAACCAGGCGAAACAGCUAAACGGUGGUGGUGAACUAUUUAGGCAGAAGUAUCCAAAAUUAAGAGUUCGCCUUGUCGAUGGAAGUGGCUUAGCGACUGCUGUGGUGCUCAAAAGCAUUCCUCAUGACACAAAGCAAGUUUUUCUUCAUGCAGGCCCUUCUAAGAUAGCUUCUGCCACAGCUUUCGCAUUAUGUGAGAGGGGCGUCCAGGUGAUCAUGAAUCCAAAGAAGGAAUAUGAUACGCUUAAGUCACAGAUUGCAGAUAGCAAAGCAAGCUACUUGAAACACUCCAGCAACAACACGCCUCAGAUUUGGCUAGUAGACAACAUUGACGAUAAAGAACAGAAGAUGGCACCACAAGGAGCUAUAUUCGUUCCAAUAUCACAGUUCCCCGUCAAGAAAAUUCGCAAGGAUUGCACUUACUUGAGCACUCCAGCAAUGAAGAUCCCUGAAACAAUGCAGAAUAUCCAUGCCUGCGAGAACUGGCUGCCAAGAAGGGUGAUGAGCGCUUGGCGCAUCGGCGGAAUACUUCACGCCCUGGAAGGAUGGACCAUGCACGAGUGUGGGGAUGCCAUGAUACAUACUGAGAAAGCAUGGUCAGCUGCUAUCAGGCACGGAUUCAUUCCUUUGACUAAAGGUUGA